GCACAUCCGAGUCCACAGAAAAGGGAAGUUUGAGGGGCAUACAAAUUUAGAGUAGGACGCAGCCUUUCUUUGCCCUUCAAAGCUAUUACCGUUGCAGAUAUUAUUUUAUUUAUUAUUUUAUUUAGUUAUUAUGGCACUCUGAAACUUGUUUUGCACUAAGUAUUUCCAGCAAACUCGAGAAACUAUUCACGUGUCACAUCAUCAAAUGUCUAUAAUAAACCUUCCCCGCAUUUAAUGGUUCCACACGGAUAUAUGGAAAGAUUUAUCCAACACACAUUUUCCUCUGUGGUUGACAACAACAUUAUUUAAGGUGUGUAAGCGUGUGACAGCGCCACCAGGUGUACGAGAAUGAGCCUGGGAAGACAACCAAGAGGUGUUGACCCGGCGGCCCUGCAGGAGCACCUCUGGAGCCUGUGGAACAGGAAAGAGCAGGAGGAGCUGCGGCAGUUUUUAGCGUGCAGUUUCUCGCAGAUGCAGGAGCCCAUGUCUGGUCUGCUGGACCUCCUGGAGGGCUGCGUUUCCGUCCAAAAGGGCAAGACCACCUCUCCGAACCAGUUGAUCCUCUCAGAGUUUAUGCGCUGGAGGACCUGUAAUCCCCAGGCCAGUCUGAACGUCCUGACGGAGGAAGAGCGACUGCGCGUCCAGCAGCAAGCGCUGAGUCUCCUCACAGACUCUCAUCCCGGGCUCAUGGACCCCCUGCUGGAGCUGUACCAGCUGAGCUCGCUGAAGAAACCUCUGCUGUUGGAGCACGUGUACCUCCUGCAGGACCUCCGCUGCUUCAAAGAGGCGUUGGUGUUCAGUGUCAAAGUGGAGCUCCAGAAGGAUCUGGACAUGGAGAAGAUGUGUGUGCCGGUUAUCCUCCUGGACAAGCUUUCUCUGGCGGAGCUGUAUGUGCGGGAUCACCCUGAGCUGCAGCGGCGGCUGCUCGCACUGCUGGACUCCUGGUGUGACCCCGGCUUCAGCAUGCAGGCUCUCCUCAGUCAGUACCCAUUCCUGGUUCUGUCUAAGCAUCAAACGGACCAGAUUCAGCCCAAGCUGCUCAGUAAGCACGUCUUCAGACUCAUGGAAAAGUUCUGCAUUGACCCAGGUCUGUGCUCUAAUUCUGUCUACAAGAGAAAGCUGGACUCACUGAGGUUUCUCAUGUACAAAACCUUUGUUGAGAAAGGUAUGUCUGAAGAGAACUGGAGAGACCAUGUUCAGGCCAUGAUUGAAGGUAAUCUAGAGCUCCAGGUUCAGUUGGUGCAGCUGUUGGUUAAACACUGUAGCCUCCAGACUGCGGCCCAGUGGGCUGCACAUUACAGCGUACCCAGAAACAGGCUUCCAAUAGGAGUCUGGGACAAAAUUCAGAGCCUUUCGCCCAAGGAGCUAGAAAUGUGUGCUGUGAGCGGCCCACCGGAGUCCUGGACACCCCUUCAGUCUGAUCAGGAAAAAUACUACCAGAUACCUCUAGCCAGAGAAAACGUCCACUUUGUAGAGACAUUAGAUAAAGUUAAGCAGUGCAGAGAAGCUGUUUUAAAGCCUGGCUGUGUGGUGGGAAUUGACAUGGAGUGGAGAGCUGGUUUUGGCACGGUGUCGCCUCAGUGCGUGGCUCUGAUCCAGCUGGCCCUACAGGAACAGGUGUUUCUGCUGGACAUUUGUGCCCAUGCCAUCAGCCACCACAGCAUCACAGUGGACUUCAUCAGGGCUCUGCUGUCAGACAAGAGCAUCAUCAAACUAGGUUAUGGGAUGUCUGGAGACUUGCGGAGUCUGGUCAGCACGUGGCCUGAGCUCAGGGAAGAGCCAAUGAAGAUGGAAGGAGUUCUGGACCUUCUCCACGUCCAUCAGGAGCUUCAGCGGUCGUUAGGGAACAAAGGGUGUCGGUCGGUGGAAGUUUGUGAGGGACCGGCAGAGAAGGGCCUGAGUCUGCUAGUACAGCAGGUGUUGGGAAAACCACUGAACAAAACCGAGCAACUGUCCAACUGGGAACGCCGGCCACUCCGGACCAGCCAACUCCGCUAUGCUGCCGCUGAUGCAUACUGCCUGCUGAACGUCUACCUUGUCCUCUCCGGGGACCCGAAGGCAUAUGGUUUGCCAGAGGACCUCUGCUCCAUUCCCUCAGCCCAACUGGCCAAGAGCCGGGAGGAGAAGAAACCCAAAGGGAAGAACAAGCAAUCUAAAAGAAGAGAGGCUCGGCAAAAGGCGAACGAGCCCCAGUCUGUGGAGAAUGACUGUUUUAAGUAUCCGGAGUACCAAGGGCCCACCAUCACGCCGCCAGAGCUACGAGUGGUCUGUGAUAACAUGCUACAGGGUCUGGGACGUUUUUUGCGAUGUCUGGGCGUGGACGUCAAGAUGCUGGAAAACACAGAUGACCAUAAAGUAGCAGCUGAGCUGGCCCGUGCUGAAGGUCGUGUCAUCCUCACUGCAGGUCAACCCUACCAAACACUACGGUCACAAGUCGGAGAAGGCCGCUGCCUGAUUUUGGACUGCUCAGAAAAGGCACGUGACCAGGCUGUGCACGUUCUCAGACAUUUCCACGUCCGCCUAACCCCUUCAGACAUCUUCAGUCGAUGCCAGGCUUGCAACUGUAACGAGUACUUUAAGCUGUCCCGAGAGGAUAUGACCCGCAUGAUGAAAGAGAGAGGUCUUCUUCAGGACAUCGUAUCUAAGCAGGAUGACUGUGAACCGCAGGAUGAAACACAAGAAGAUUACAAUAGCUGGAGGCCCCCAGAGGCCCCCGAGUUCACCCCUCAUUGCCGCUGGGCCCCACGCACGGCCAUGGACCCCCAGACCUUCAGAUUCCCCAGCGGGGCAGAAGUUCAGCUAGAGACGGUUCCCCCAGGCCUCCUUCCCCGGAUCCCGGUGUACUUCAUCUGCACCGGCUGUGGAAAGGUGUUCUGGGAGGGGACGCACUACGACCGGGUGCUGUCCCAGUUCCAGAAGGUCCUGCACGUCAGCGGAAACCUCGACCAUGUGUAAUGAACUCUUGCGUUUUUUUUUUUGUUUUUUUUUUUUUUUUAAAUCUUUUUACGGAAGUAUUUUUUAUUUGCUACACUGUCUCAUGAUACAUGUGCAAAAGCAUCGAUUAAAUGUUACAGGAGGUUUCAUUUUGUGUUUUGCACUGUAAAACAAAAUUAACUUAAAUUUGUUUUGCACCAAAUAAUACACAUAAUGCCAUAAAUGUUUACAAACCUCCUAAGUUGUUCAUAACAUGCAAGUGUUAAUGGUUUUUAAUAACACUUCAUAAAACAAUUGAUCAUAAAUUGGUAUAAAAACAGGAUUGUCGCUGAAUUCACUGUGUUGAAUUCGCGUUUCGUCAAAAUGACGAAAAUAUUUCAUUUUAAAUAUUUUUUUGCACUUUUUUUACUUUUUUUUUAAAUUGUUUUACACAAUAUAAUUCACUUCAUGCCUUAAAUUGUUUACAAACCUAAGUUGUUUAUAAAAUGUGUUUUAAUAAAAGAGGAUUUACGUUUUGAAGGGGUUAUUAAACGGUUUGUUUUUUGUUGUUGUUGAACAAAUCUUGUUCAUCCACUUUUUUUUUCUGAUAGGUAGGCUUAACGUCAUUUUUUAGCAUGUUAUCUUUCUUGCAGUUAUCUCUGAACCAAAAAACGUAUGUUUGCUUUUUUUCUUCUUUUUUUUUUUCAAAUCAGACGUUGUUUAUGUUUAGUCUUUAAGUCAUAUCUCCAUUUGUAAAUCUGUCAAAACUACAGAAUAAUAUGCCUGGGUUCCCCGAAGACAGCGCUGCUGAAAUCAUGCCAGACGCUGUUUUCCUUCCAAGUUUUUGCGAGUUCAUAACAGGAUGGGCCGCAUACAGUCAGUCCUUCAGUUCAAGUUCAAUAAAGUCGCACUCAAAACAGA